GAGACGCAAGAAUGCCCGUCUGCGAAGCUUGGAACUGCGAGAACGACAGCGAUCACUGCCCUGGCACGACUUUCCACAAGUUUCCACUGGACUCUCCACUGCUCCUGAAGGCAUGGGUGCACAAUGUGAACCUGCCGGAACCUUGGGAACCGACCGCGGACUCCGUUCUCUGCUCGGACCACUUCCUGGAGCGCAGCUUCGUGCGCACGAGCAACACCGCCAGGCUGCGACCCGACGCCGUGCCAACCAUCUUUGCCUACCCGGACGAUAGGCAGCAGGACGUCGUGGAGAUUGUGUUGGACAGCUCCGGCGGACCGGCCAAGACCAGCGAGGGCAGUGAGUCGUCGUCUCUGGAUCACUGCUACGGCACACCCCUGUCCACCACGCCAGCGACCCCGACAACGGCGGCACGGGAGACCACCGCAACGCGUAGGGUGCGGCUACCCGAGGAAGGAGACACGCUCCGCAAGAAGCUCAAGCUGUCGAGGCAGCGGGUGCGCCGGCUUGAAGAACGCGUGUCCAUGCUGAACGACAUGGUCUACUCCCUGCUCAACCAGACCAUUAUGGAGAUGUAG